UCUCUCCGGCUUUGUACCCAUAGCUGAACCACGCCGCGGCCACCUUCUCCAGGAUACCGGAGCUGAUAAACGCCGCAAAAUGGCUCUCCACGUCCCCAAAGCUCCUGGGUUUGCCCAGAUGUUAAAAGAUGGUGCCAAGCACUAUUCAGGGCUUGAGGAGGCAGUCUUCCGCAACAUCAAAGCCUGCAAGGAGCUUUCUCAGACCACACGCACCGCCUAUGGGCCAAAUGGUAUGAAUAAAAUGGUCAUCAACCACUUGGAGAAGCUGUUUGUUACCAACGAUGCUGCAACGAUUCUUAGAGAGCUGGAGGUGCAGCAUCCAGCAGCCAAAAUGAUUGUCAUGGCGUCACACAUGCAAGAGCAGGAGGUGGGAGAUGGUACAAACUUUGUCCUGGUGUUUGCCGGUGCUCUGUUGGAGCUGGCUGAAGAGCUGCUCAGGAUGGGUCUGUCUGUGUCAGAGGUGAUUGAAGGUUAUGAGAAGGCAUGUAAGAAGACUCUGGAGAUCCUGCCAGACUGCGUUUGCGCAUCAGCCAAGAACCUGCAUGACAUAAACGAGGCCACAUCUUUGAUUCGUACAGCUGUCAUGAGUAAACAGUAUGGCAACGAAGACUUCCUUGCCAACCUCAUUGCACAGGCCUGUGUGUCCAUCUUCCCCGAGUCCGGCAGUUUCAAUGUUGAUAACGUCAGAGUGUGCAAGAUUUUGGGUUGUGGAGUGACAGCGUCCUCCAUGCUACAUGGCAUGGUAUUUAAAAAGGAGGCAGAGGGAGAUGUCACAUCAGUUAAAGAUGCUAAGAUCGCCGUCUUCUCCUGCCCCUUUGACUGCAUGGUUACAGAGACCAAGGGCACAGUACUGAUAAAUAAUGCAAAGGAGCUCAUGGACUUCAGCAUGGGAGAGGAGGGUAUGAUGGAGGCUCAGGUGAAGGCCAUCAAGGAGGCUGGGGCCAACAUCGUGGUAACUGGGGGUAAAGUGGCUGACAUGGCGCUGCACUAUGCCAACAAGUACAAUCUCAUGGUGGUUAGGCUUAACUCCAAGUGGGACCUCAGGAGGUUAUGCAAGACUGUGGGAGCUGUAGCGCUGCCCAGGCUGAUGGCUCCAACCCCUGAGGAGAUGGGUCACUGCGACAGCGUCUACCUGUCAGAGGUGGGAGACACCCAGGUGGUGGUUUUCAAACACGAGAAGGAGGAGGGCUCCAUCUCAACAGUGGUGAUCAGAGGCUCCACUGACAAUCUGAUGGAUGACAUUGAGAGGGCUGUAGACGAUGGAGUCAACACCUUCAAGGUCCUAGUCAGGGACAAGCGCAUGGUACCUGGUGCAGGAGCCACUGAGAUUGAGUUGGCCAAACAGAUCACUUCAUACGGAGAGACCUGCCCGGGUUUGGAUCAGUAUGCCAUUAAAAAGUUUGCUGAAGCCUUUGAGGCAGUGCCACGCUCCCUGGCUGAGAACUCUGGUGUGAAGGGGAGCGAGCUCAUCUCCAAACUGUAUGCUGCGCAUCACGAGGGAAACAAAAACACAGGAUUCGACAUUGAGGGAGAGGGUCCCGCUGUGAAAGACAUGCUUGAGGCUGGCAUUAUGGAUCCUUACAUGGUCAAACACUGGGGCAUCAAACUGGCCACCAACGCUGCCAUCACAGUACUGAGAGUCGACCAGAUCAUCAUGGCCAAACCAGCAGGGGGACCGAAAGCUCCCCAGGGCAAGAAGGACUGGGACGAGGACGACUGAUGAUGAUGCCGUCCAGCUGAUGCUCCUUUUAACCCUGAACGCUCCCACAUCACAAAACCUUUUUCUACUUGUUUAUUUAAAGCUCAACAGUUUGGUUUAUGUUGUAGAAAUGACCCUACAUUGGUGAACAAAGUAAUAUGUACGGAUCGCACUGUUUGCUUUUUAUGUUUGUAGUCCCAAAUAAAAGGCACUUGUGCUGUCAUGACUUGGA